AUGUUUGCUACCUCACUGUGUUGUACUACAAUGCGCUUGUGGUGGCGCUCAAAAUUCGCCCGUUUCGAGGGGUUUCUUCACACUCAUCAAUGGAAAGUACUCAGCAUUGUACUCCUUCUGGUGCUGUUUUGUUUGGGCCUGAAGAUGGUGACUGUGGACACAGACUUCGAUAAGCUGUGGGUAGAAGAGAGUGAUCGACUCAUCUCAGAAUGGACGUACUUAGCCCAAGCUCUGAAACGCGUCAGCUCUCAGACUGCAUACACAGAUCAACACUAUUUCGGUCCGGACGCACGACGCACCCGAAUGAUGCUGCGCAUGAAUGGGGCACGUGUCGUACCAUCCGGUCCGAUUCUCGAUUCGUCCGAUCCUUUGUCACCCGGUUUUGGAGCAACCAACGGUAUUCCCGGUCCACACCAGCCAUCCACUUCGGGGCCUUUUGCAAACAGUCUGCCGGGGCGAGAAUUUAUGGGCACAAUGGAAACCAUUUUGCAGAGCGCCACGGGAUCCGCCACCCCAGAGCCUUAUCCGCCUGUGCACGAUCGUGUAACAGGUGAUGAGGAUGAAUCCACCUCGGCUUCGUCCCAGUCCAGUACAUCGGAUCCUCAACUACUCACACCUCAGGCCCUUUUGGACCACAUGGAAUUUCUGAUCAAAGUUCGUCGACUUCAGAUCACCGUGGGGUCCGCUAAAUGGUCAUUUAAAGAUUUGUGCCAACGAGCCAGUCUACCAUUCGGCUCUGAGGUACAUCCAAUUCAGGCUUAUUUGGAUAUGAUCAUUCCUUGUCUAAUUAUCACGCCAUUGGAUUGUUUUUGGGAGGGCGCGAAAGUUCUCGGCCCGGAAGAAGCGACUUGGGUACCUUGGCUUGGCGAACGAACCUUAAUUCAAUGGCCCAAUCUCGAUCCGGUUGGAUUGCUGCGGGAAUUACGCACACACUAUGGAAAUCAAUCGCACCAUCUUGUGGACUCGUUGAUUGCGCAAUUCCAGUCAGCCGGAAUCAAUCAUGGCUAUCUGAAUCGGACGUGCCUGGAUCCGACUGAUCCAGCCUGUCCGAUCUCCGCUCCGAACUACCGUGGGAAGGUAUGUGAGAGUCAUCUCGCUUGCCUACCUGCCUGGGCGCGCAAUCAAGUGUAG